AUGGAGCACAAGCAUUUACUUCACACGCCGAUGGCUCUAGAGGGAUGGCAUGUGGUGUAUGCCAAGCGGCCAGGCCCACAUGCUGAUGGUAGCGGCAUCUUCUACCGCUCUGAAAGCGUAAUCAACUUCAACGACCUCGUCCCUGAAGAUGAAGGAACAGACAGUGCUUAUACAAGGCCUGCUUAUAAGGAGGAUGGGGAGCACCAUGAGCAGCAGGCCAAGCAUCGGGUUGAGAGCCCCCGCAUGGAGCAUUAUCAUGGUUCGGGUCAUCAUAUUCAUUCAUUGGACGAAAAACAUCACUUGGACCAGCGGCAGCAGGAGGAGCAGCUGCAAGGGCAGGAGGACCGUCGUGGUUCGGCUGGGGGUCCUUCUGCAGAGGGCGCACCUGGUGGAGGUUGCAUUGUCAUCGUGGUCUCGUCCCACAUAUACUGGAACCCCAACUGUCCUGAUGUGAAACUGGCGCAGGCCCGGUACCUGCUGCAGGAAGUGUCGCGAUUCAGAUCGGAUAUAGAAGCCCUUUAUUAUCACCACUGCCACGGGGCAUCGCAGCUAAGUGCUGACUUUAUGUCAAGAGGAGGCGGUUUUCACGCGGAUGGUUCGCGCGUUGAGGGGAAGAAGGAGAAGAAUCAAAUUCCGGUGGUCAUUUGUGGUGACUUCAACUCGAAGCCUGGAGACCCAGUUGGCUUUGCACGUGCAUUUCCCUGGUUUAGCAACAACUCGUACUACGCGUAUCUGGAGGCCAUAGAUCGGCUGCACGGUGCAGUGCGGUUUAUAGAGGAGGAGCUAAGAAACGGCCGUUUGUUUCCCAACCUAGACGAGUUGAGGGAGGCGAUGCUAUCUGAGGAAUCACCUGACCACAUAUCACCGCCGGAGAUGGUGGAGGCUGCAGCCAUUCCGAAACUACAUGCCAUGGCCCAGCGGUUGAUCGAUAACGACUGCGCGCUAGACUGUUGCAAAAUGUACCGCGAGAUGCGGGAGGCGGCGCUGAAGCGCAACUUCCAGCGGCUGGGCGUGCAGCAGGUGACCAAGGCGGAGAUCCAGAGCACCCCGUGGCCGCGGCUGGAGGAGAAGAUGCGGCGCUGGAGUGAACACAUGCACAUUGGGAUGAUUCUGGUGGCGGGCGAGAGGGAGGCGUGCGACCAGGUGUUUGCAGGCCUGGAGAAGCACGGCGAGCAGUGCUUUGUGGAUCUCUCCCGCUCCUGCAUCAUCCUGCUCACACACUUUGGCGACGCCAUCUCAGUCAUCAAGAAAUCCCCCGAGCGCCUCUUCUCCUUCCUCGACAUGUACGAGACAACGCUCGACCUCAAGUCCACGGUGGAUGAGCUAUAUCGAGCAGAGGAGGGCAGGGCAGUUCGGGACAACUACCAGGAACUGCUGACGAUUUUGGGGCGGGCAGCCCGAGACACGUUUGAAAAGUUUGAGGACGCGGUGAAGGCACAGCCGACGGCGGAGGAUAUGAGCGGCAUGGGGGGCAUGGGCGGCAUGGGGGGUAUGGGCAGCAUGGGUCAGCCUGGAAACGUCCCCCGUGCGGAGAUGCUUCGAAACGGAGGGUUCCUUAACAAGCUAAAGAAGAUGAUGCUGAAGGCGGACGACAAUAUGAGCGAGGUGGGCGGGCAGCAGGACGUGGCAGCAUCCAACGCCAGUGGGGACGUGCACCCCAUCACCAGCUACGUGGUCAACUACCUGCUGCUGCUCUGCAACAGCGACCUGCCGUACUUCUCCAUCCUGGAGUGCGUGUUUGAGGACAUGGCCAACACCGCCAACGAGGCCGGCUCCUCCAUCAUCACGCCGCGCGUGCAGGGCCGCCUCGCCUUCGCUGCUGCUCGCAUCCUGGAGGCCCUCAAAGUCAACCUGCAGCACCGCGCUCUCAUGCUGCGCGAUGACGCACUGGGAGAGCUCUUUUUGAUGAACAACCUGGCCUACGUGCUCACCAAAAUAGACGCUGCGGACGCAGGCAGGUUGCUGGGAACGGCAUGGAUUGGCAACUACGGGGCCAUAGUGGACAGCCAUCGCGACCGCUUCAUCAACUCCUCCCUCGCCAAGUUUGACCCGGUGUGGUCCGAUGACCGCCUCGACACCGCCUCUCUCGUAAAAAGGCUCAAGCUCUUUAACUACACAGUGGAGCAGAUGAAGCAACGCUACAUGGCGUGGACCAUUCCUAACCGGGAGUUGCGGGCGCAUGUCAAGAAGAUGACUCUUAAACGGUUGCUGGACAAAUACAGAGACUUCAUCGUUCGGCACAGGUAA